AUAUCAUUCAUGGGCCCCUACGCAUUACUCGGUACCAAUCUCGCUCUCUCUCUCUAAGUCUUGAAACUCUAUCAAGAAUCUCAAGCCACCAUUUUUUCUUCAUCUUCAUAAAGAGAAAGAGAGAGAUCCUCUUGUUUGGCAAGAACCCAAUUUGAGUUCUAAGUCCUGAUUUGCUUAGCUCUUUUCUUUCCUUGAUUUCAUUCUAUAUAAAGUCAACGGAAAGAUAUACAUAUAUAGUUUUCUUCCGAUUCUAGGGUUUUCAUAUUUCCUCUAAAUUUUCAUGGUCAAAGAAGAAAAUCUAAGAAACAAUCGAACCAGCAAGAGAAAGAAGACUUCAAUAUCAACAUCUCUCUCUCCCUCUCUCUCUCUUAUAUUAUAAGAUCUCGAGUUGAGUCAUCAUCAUCGUCAAUGGCUUUGAAAAACAUCCGCAACAAUUCACCAAUUGAAGAACAAGAGAAAGGUUUAAACUUCAUCAAGAUUCACUAAGACCCACUAAGAGCCAACUCAAAACUAAACGGAGCAAGGUUUUGCCAAAAACCAAAAAAAAAAAAAAAAAGAUUCAAGAACCAUCUCGUAAAUCAAGAUUUCUCCAAGGAAAAUCAGAUAAGUCAUAAUGGAUCUAUCCCUGGCUCCGACAACAACAACAAGUUCCGACCAAGAACAAGACAGAGACCAAGAAUUAACCUCCAACAUCGGAGCAAGCAGCAGCUCCGGUCCCAGCGGAAACAACAACAACCUUCCGAUGAUGAUGAUUCCACCUCCGGAGAAAGAACACAUGUUCGACAAAGUGGUAACACCAAGCGACGUCGGAAAACUCAACAGACUCGUGAUCCCUAAACAACACGCUGAGAGGUAUUUCCCUCUAGACUCCUCAAACAACCAAAACGGCACGCUUUUGAACUUCCAAGACAGAAACGGCAAGAUGUGGAGAUUCCGUUACUCGUAUUGGAACUCUAGCCAGAGCUACGUUAUGACCAAAGGAUGGAGCCGUUUCGUCAAAGAGAAAAAGCUCGAUGCAGGAGACAUUGUCUCUUUCCAACGAGGCAUCGGAGAUGAGUCAGAAAGAUCCAAACUUUACAUAGAUUGGAGGCAUAGACCCGACAUGAGCCUCGUUCAAGCACAUCAGUUUGGUAAUUUUGGUUUCAAUUUCAAUUUCCCGACCACUUCUCAAUAUUCCAACAGAUUUCAUCCAUUGCCAGAAUAUAACUCCGUCCCGAUUCACCGGGGCUUAAACAUCGGAAAUCACCAACGUUCCUAUUAUAACACCCAGCGUCAAGAGUUCGUAGGGUAUGGUUAUGGGAAUUUAGCUGGAAGGUGUUACUACACGGGAUCACCGUUGGAUCAUAGGAACAUUGUUGGAUCAGAGCCGUUGGUUAUAGACUCAGUCCCUGUGGUUCCCGGGAGAUUAACUCCGGUGAUGUUACCGCCGCUUCCUCCGCCUCCUUCUACGGCGGGAAAGAGACUAAGGCUCUUUGGGGUGAAUAUGGAAUGUGGCAAUGACUAUAAUCAACAAGAAGAGUCAUGGUUGGUGCCACGUGGCGAAAUUGGUGCAUCUUCUUCUUCUUCUUCAGCUCUACGACUAAAUUUAUCGACUGAUCAUGAUGAUGAUAAUGAUGAUGGUGAUGAUGGCGAUGAUGAUCAAUUUGCUAAGAAAGGGAAGUCUUCACUUUCUCUCAAUUUCAAUCCAUGAGAAGUUUCAUCAUCUUCUUGUUUUGAAUCUCUCUUUAUAUUGUUUCAUUAGUAAUUUUUCUAAGGGUAUUAGAUUCUAGCUAGUGAGAGGAAGAAAAAACGAUCUUCUUCGUUUUUUUGGUUAUGAUUUUUUUUUCCGACAUGUUUCUUGAUGUUCAUCAUCAUUAGGCUUUUGUCACCAUGUUGAAACUCGCAUCUUUUCAAUUUUGUAUAUAA